AUGCACACACCACAUAAUAAAUUAGUAUACACCAAGAACAACACGUUCUCCGGCGAAUGCGAGUUCCCCGAUUAUAUACAUAUAUUAUGUAGUGAUGUAGCUCUAGUUUUAUUGCUGGAUGUGACUUCGGCGUUAUAUUUUCAUAUAGCAGAAGGUGAACGAAAAUGUUUCAUUGAAGAAAUACCCGACGACACCACGGUCAUAGUGAACUACAAAGUGGAGCUAUAUGAUCCUCGAUCAGGAGGGUUUAUGCCUUCAACUCCUGGUAUUGGUAUGCAUGUAGAAGUCAGAGACCCUAAUGACAAAAUAGUGCUAUCACGUGUGUAUUCCUCAGAGGGAAUGUAUUCUUUCACAUCUACUACUCCUGGUGAACAUGUUAUUUGCAUGUACUCCAACAGUACAUCAUGGUUCAGUGGCUCACAGCUAAGAGUGCACCUUGACAUUCAAGUUGGGGAGCAUGCAGUUGACUAUGCCAGUGUUGCAAAGAAAGACAAACUUACGGAGUUGCAGCUUAGAAUCAGACAGUUGCUUGAUCAGGUGCACCAGAUAACUAAAGAACAGAGCUAUCAGCGGCAAAGGGAAGAAAGAUUCAGACAGACCUCAGAGAGCACUAACCAGCGUGUGUUGUGGUGGAGUCUUCUGCAGACUGCUGUCCUAGUUUGUAUUGGCUAUUGGCAGAUGAGGCAUCUCAAGAGCUUCUUUGAGGCCAAGAAAUUAGUU